UAAUCAAGUGUUUAUAUCAGUAUGGACCUUUUAAAAUGUUUAAAUUGGAAUCUUAUAUUACACCUAUAUUGUUAAGUUAUGUGGACAAAUAUAUAAAAAAUUUUAGGCCUGAAGAUUCACAGGUUUCAUUAUGGGGUGGCGAAGUUUCAUUCCACAACCUAGAUCUCCGUCUAGAUGUUUUAGAAGAAGAAUUGCAGUCACUUCAGUUCAGUAUAGUCUCAGGUCAUAUUCAUGAAUUAUUAAUACGGGUUCCUUGGACAAAACUUGCAUCAGAACCAAUAACAGUCACAAUAAACACUAUAGAGUGCAUAAUCAAAUUAAAAGAUAACACCAGACAUGCAAAUAACAGCUCGGAAAGUGGAAGUAGCAGUGGGAGUGGGAAAAGUGCCAAAGAAAAGAGGAAGGCAGCGGCUAAAAAAGAAGAGAUAGAAAAUCCACCAGGAUACAUUCAAUCAGUAGUCAACAAGAUUGUGGGUAACAUAACUAUAAAUUGCAAUAAUCUAAUUUUAAAAUAUGUUGAAGAGGAUAUAGUUGUUUCAAUGAAUAUAAAACUAUUGACUGUUGAAUCAGCAGAUGAGGAAUGGAAACCGGCCUUUACAGAGCUAUCGGCAACUCAAGUUCUUAUCCGUAAAUUAAUCACAUUGACUGAUCUUACUGUUUGUUUGGAUCGACGAAAUGCAGCAGGAAAAAUAGAUGUGUACUUAGAACCUAUGCUUUACCGAUGUUCUUUAGAAUUGCGCUUUAUGAGAAGAUAUCACAAUGCAACAGUCAAACAAGCUUCUACUACUCGUAUAGAUAUUCAUUGCAAUAGCAUGGAAUUUAGUAUGACAUCACAACAGUUUCCUAUGCUCAUGCGACUUUUAGUUUUAGCACAAACUCUCCAAAGUCAUGAAUUAAAAAAACAAAAUAUGGCAAACAAUGGUGAAAGUAGUACCCAAAGCGAGGAAACAGUUGAAGAAAGUCAACAAGUUGGAUGGGCAGGUUGGGCUUGGAGUUUAGUUCCAUCUAUUUUACCAACAUGGGAUGAAGAUUGGUCUGAUGAGCAACAAGUUAUGAAUUUAGGGCAUACAACACAUAUAGGAGUGUUUGUUGACAAUGCCUUAUUUUCAUUUAAAGUUUCUGAAUCAAGUAGUGAAAAAACUUAUUAUGCUCCUAAAAAAUUAAAGUAUUGGCCUAUUCUGUCCUUGAGACUUCAGGGAUGCAUGCUACAAACUGUGUCACACAAUGUGAAUUGGACAAACACUCAAGUAGGAAUAUCAAAGUUAUCUUUGUUGCCAUCAGGAGACUGUGUUUGCGGGGCUGAUGAGGUGUUAGAUAACAUGCAACCUCAAGAGUACUUCAAAAGCUUGUUGAGUCCAACAAUGUGCCAUUUUAGUGACUCAUUGCUAGAUUCUGAAAGCUUUGAGAAUCGUGGGCAGAGAAGGAUGUAUAAUCUUUCAUGGGAUGAACAUAUGGAUUUGGUAAAUGAAGAAUACUUACUAUCCAGAAGUCCUGCUCUGGCAGUUGAUAUUUUAUAUAAUUUAGAAAUUCCUGAGGAUUUUCCACAAGAAAAAGUACAUGAAAUUGCAUGUGAUUUAGAGUAUAGUAACUUUAAAGAAAGGACUUCAAUAAGAGCUUUUGUUGGUCCUUUUAAUUUGAGAUAUACAUCAGGUUUAGUACACAGAUUGAAUGUUUUACAACAAGCUUCUGAACUAUAUGAUUAUCAACCAUAUAUUGAAACAAAACCUUCACCAUCAUAUUCUGAACUUCCACCACCAUCUAGUGAAGAUUAUGAUGCUUUAACAGAAUACUUACCUAUGCAGAAAAUUGAAUUCACAUGUAUUAGACCAUCAAUAGAGUUUAUUUUAUGGGAUCACAUGCCUAGUAAUCAUCAAAAUCCUAAAAAGAGACAUCAAUCAUUUUCUUCUGUAAAUGAGAAAUAUAGUACUGCCAAAGAACUUCCUAAGCUUAAAUUAGACAUUGAAAACAUUUAUGCAAAACUGGAGAAACCUAUGUAUCCUAAUAGAUUGGUAUAUACUACAUGCAAACUUCCUAACCCACCAAAGAAUUUAUUGGAUUCAUGUUAUGUGAAAACUUUAGCGACAUGUCAUGGGCUCAAGUUAAGUUUAGUAAUCAAAGAUAAGGCAAGCAUAUUACUGAAUCCUGCGCAUAUAACAUACACUGGUAAUACUAUUUUGUUAAGUAAAUAUUGGAGAGAUAAAGAUAUUUCCUUGGAAGAAUUAUCUGUAAGUGUUGAUUCCAUUAAUGUAACAAGUACAAAACCAAGAUUUCUUCUGGCUAGUCAUAUCUUAGAUUCUGUUGUGCGGCAAAAUAAAGAUGGUUUUACAGCAAUUUUUGGAUCAACCUUAUUAUUAGAUUCAUGUUUGGACGCUAGGAUGGAACACUUGGAGUUUAAUUUAGAAAAUAUGUAUGUUGUAAGAAAUUUAACUGUGUGCACUCAAUCUUAUCAUUUUACCCUGGAAUCUUGUAAAGCUUUUAUUAUUGAGCCAAUGCUAAUAAAAAAAAAUAAGGAAGCCACAUACACAUAUGAAACAAGUGAAUUAUCCACUUACUUGUUAAAAACUAUGAGUAAAAGUGUUAAAGUACGUAUGACAGAAACAUUUAACGUGAACCAAGCACAGCAAGUUAUCAUUUUAUCUGGACCUGAAGUUGAAAUGAAAGGUUCUCAGAUGGUACACAACUCAAAUAUUUUGCUUUCUCUAACAAUCCAACUCCCUUUAAAACAAGGCGUUCCUGAUCAUCCAGCAUUAAUAUUAUUUAAUUUGGCUGAGUUACGAAUAAGUUUGGACCCACUGCUUUGCAAAUGGUUGCGCUAUGAACCGAGGAAGUUCUUGCAACGAAGAGAUAAAAUUAGUUUUGAUCAUGGUAGCGUUCGAAGAAGGCGAUGUUCAGAAGCCAGUGGUGGAAGUUUGGAAACACCAAGGAGAGUUGGCCCACAACCAACAUCUGUUCAUUCUUCAGAAAACCAGCAAAGAAAUCCAUCAAUUCCCAUUCGUACUAUGUCUCCACCACCUGAGCAUGUCCAGGAACCACAUGAAACACAAUGGUUCAAAUCAGUAUUAGAUUGGCAUGUGGUGUGGAAAUCAUUAUUGAUUAUAGGUGAUUUAAAUCAAGUUACUAUAUAUUGUCCAACUGCAUCUAUUCCUGCUUUAGGUGCUCAAAAUUUACAAAGUGCUUACUUGAACAAUGUUGAUAUAAAUCCGGAUUUAGAAAUUUUUGUUUUGAAGUUACCAUUUUGCAGUCUGAGAAGUGCUAAUCAAAGGCAGAAGUUAGAUCCAUAUAUAAUUUACUAUCCUAUUAAAUUACCUGAAAAUAUUUGGACGGAUGGCAAAAAAAGUUUUCCUUGGACUAUUUCGAUCUGGGAUUUUUCAAGUUAUACAGUGAGAUAUAAUAAAACAUAUCAGUUUAUAAAACCUGUUACAUGCAAUGCAACUAUUGCUGUCACUACUAAAUCUUACCGCAGAAUGAGUGCAGAUUCAAUGAAAAAUGAUGUAAAAAAUUCAAAGUCAGAAGGUUUAGAGCAAUCAGAUAGUAGAAGUGAUUUCCGAGACAGUGAUCAUAAUAUUACGCCAGGAAAGGUUCCCAGUCUUGUCGACAUGUUCAAUAAAUCUUCUAACACGAGUUUAGAUAUAAACAGUAGCAAUAAUUGCAAUUGUACAGAUCAGUUGUGUUCAUUGGGCAUUUGUGUAUAUCUUGAUACAAUGCCUAUAGUUAUUUGCAUGUCUGAACCUCAAGUUGCAUUAAUUUCGAGCUUAGCAGUAGGUUUAUCUGAGAUAUUUUCCACAAUUUCACAGAAUGGUCAAAUUCAACCAACAUUUCCUAGAAGUCAAAAUCCAACAACGCCCACAGAUAUUUUGUUCAAAGAAAGUACGCGAGCGUCUACCAUCAGUGGCAAUACACAAUCAGUCGAAGAGACUGAUUUAGAAACGGGUCCUAAAUUUACCGUUUUCAUACAAUGGACGUUGACAAAAUUUAGUGUAAAAUUGUAUGGCAAUGAAGGAGCAGCACAGCUUAAGCUUUCACUUGAUGUGGAAGAUAUUGUUAAUAGUUUAGAUAUGCAAAGUGUUUAUAUAAAAUAUAAAACCAAAAUAGCUACAGCUAGUGUGAAACAUUAUAGAAUGGAUCCUUAUUCUAAAAGAUGGGUUAAUGGCCCAUAUCUUGGCAUUGUUAUGAAAGUUAGAGAAAAUGGAAAUUCUUCAUCAGAAGAUAAUAGUUUUGCAAGUAUUAUAUAUACAAGGGCUCGAUGCGGUAAUGUGCAUAAUCGAUGGGGUGCAAAAAAGUAUAAACACCGUGACAAAUACAAUAAACCAUCUGUUUCUAAAGUUCGAUACUUAUCAGAGUUGAUGGUUAACUUACAAUCUGUCGAUUUGGUGUUAAGCCCAAAAACUUUAUCAAGCUUUCUAUUGGUAUUACACCCAUUAUCAAAUACGUCAACAACCACUUCAGCUAGACCUUGUGUUCGAACUCCAGAUCCUUUGCAUAGUGACGCUGGAAAUUUUCAAUCAUUAGCUGUGCUUAAUUUACCACUAAUUUAUUUAGACAUUCGCGGUUUACGGUUUAUCAUACCAUCUUCUGAUCAAAAUUCUCGAUUUUUAUUUCAAGAUGUUUUUAUUUUACAAAUAACACACAUUAAUUUAAACCCUGCACCGGACAAUCCUAUAUGUAGAUCACCGCUUCGUCCAGAUUUAUAUCAACAAGCUGCACAAGCUGAUUUGUUAAACGUUCCCGGUUCCGAAAUUGAAGAUAGGCAGUAUCAACUAACUGCAAGUUCUUUUCAUAUUAGUGCAUGCGUUUGGUCACAAUUAAAACAUUGCUUAGCAGUAGAGAAUACAGAUUUUAAUCUUCGCACCAUGAAUGAAAAUCCAGCUCUGGAAUGGAAUAACUUAGACAGUAAAAAAUCUACAUUGGCGUCAAACCUUGUCUUAAUUCCGGUUGUUAAUAAAUUUGAUUUGUGUAUAGUAGCGGCUCCUGCGAUGGUUCAUGGAUCAACAAUCAUUUGCGGACAUGCAGUGGAAAUUAAUUGUGUUAGCGAUUUAGAAGUGAGCAUUAGUGUCGAUCAGGUGAAACUAGCCCAAUUAUUAGCUGCCGAAUGCAGUAGAAUGAUGAAUCCGAUUAAUGAUGCUAGUAGAAGUUCAAUAGUUUUUCCUUAUAUGCAAUCUGCAACGUCAAGUUCUAUUCCUGAUGAUGACAAUCUUCUAGUAAAUGAAAUUCAGUAUGAAAGCAAUAUCGUCACAACAUCUCCAUUAGAUUCUGGCGUAGACGUAGCAGAUUUUAGCAGUGAGAAUAUUGCUUUAACUAAAUUGAGCAAUGAAACUAUAGAUGAAUUUACCAUGUUUGAAAAGAAAAUCAAUGAGAAGCCGAUACGUCCUUUAUAUGAUCAUGAAACUUUUAUACCUUUCGAACUUAUAUUUACUGGCGGCAUAAUUGGAAUAGCCUUCUAUCAAAAUCACAAAGUAACAAAAUCUAGGGUAUCUUUUAGCGCUAGCACUUCUGAACAUAUUAUGAUAAUGUAUGACAAGGGUUACGAAGCAUCUGCAGAAGAUUAUAUGGAGGAUAAUUUAAAUUCGAUUACUCAACCUUUAAUACGAUUGGUUAUAGAACAACCUAACGCGUUGAUUUCUAAAACAGCCUUCGAUCGACGUUUUCAAGUUUCCAUUUUCGACAUCCGUUUAGACAUCAGUGUUAUGAAUUCAAGUGUUGAGAAGAACACACCUCAGCCGAGUGAUUAUAGAUUGAUCUUGUUAGAGACUAAACCAGGACAGACCAAUCCCGCUACUGGUGUUCCCCCGGCACUGAUUACCGUGAGAUGUACUUCGGUAAUGGGUAAAAGUAAUGAUUUAGAUAUUGUUGUAGCUCGUCCGAUAAAAUUACAUUUCUCAGUUGACCGAUGGCAACAUUUGAUGCUGAUUCAAAAGAAACUGGUAUACUGUGCUCAAAAUGAAGAAACGAUUUAUAUCAAAAGUGUUUCGAAUGAAAAUGAAGAACCAAGUUUAGAAUUUUGUAACCCGCCAAGUGUUUUCAAUAAGUUUAAUGCAAUAAAAUUAAAAGCUGGAAGUUUGGGUCACAUUACUUUUAAUACAACACAGUUAAUUUUAAAUUUAAAUACCAUGGAAAACGAUGAAUUGAAUUUGGCAGUGGCUGGCAUGAAAGCAAAGUUAGCUAUUUGCAAUCGCCCGGAAAAAAUUCAAAGUUCUGUGGGUUUCGAAAGCAUUUCCUUAAACUUAGUAAAUUCUAAUUCAAGAAUGAUGCUUCUUCACCCUUGGUCCUUUGAUGUUUACACUACAUUAUACUGGGAAUCUUGGCAACAUCCUAAUGAUGAUUUUUUGAUACAAAUUAAUGUCGAUUCAGAUUGUCUAAUGGUGAAUGUAGGGCCUGAACAUAUAAAAAUUUUGCAAAAACUUAAUAAGGAAUACGAGGAAAUAUUCGAGGAAUUGACAAGUGAAACUAAAUAUACGGUAGUUCAGGCAGAAGAAGAUUUGUCACUUAUUGAAACAGCUUACAGUGAAUCCAGUGAAAAUAGUAAGACAACUACUACACCUAAUACACAACAAACUCAAGAUCAGCAUUAUAAAGACGACUUGAGAGCUGGUGCAUUCCAAUUUGUGGACGCCUCGCUAGGUGAAGAAAUACCGCUCCCAUAUCAAGUUCUUUUCUGGUCUGGAAUUCAAGGAACUGGAAGUAUGUCUUGGAGAUACCCUCAACCAAGGCUGUUGACGAAAGUUCAUAUUUAUCCCGUACCAUUUCAGGUUAAUCCAGAAGAUGUAACAAAUCUGACUGUCUACUGCCAACUUGAAUAUUACUCCGAGGUACAUGGCUCUUUUCUGCCCUACUGCCAAUUUACAUUGUCUGAAAGUAAAAUGCUUCGAUUAAACAUGCCGACGCAUAUUCCAGAUGCGUGCUCCGCUAGUGUUUGGCGAGUUUUAAUGUCUUCCACAAAUUUUGACUCUGAAACUAAUUUCAUGACCAAACAUAAACGCCUAAGAGUCGAAAAUUAUAAUGGAGAAAAUCUAAAUUUCGGACUCAUUGUUAGCCCGAGAGCAUUGGCCGCCUGCAUGAGGAUAGAUUCUUUCUUCAGCGCGAGUUUGGUACCUAAAACCAAAUGCGUUGUGAAAGUUUCAUGUUUAAAAGUUAAUUUAUUCAACAAUUUAGAUGACAGUCAAGCUUUUGUGAUGCCUGAUGUUUUAAAAUCGUAUCAGAUUAAUACGAUCGAUGCUUAUAAUCAAGAGGUAAUGACAUUAACUUUGGAUGCAACUAAAAUGUAUUUUUCAAAUUGGACCAAUGAAUCCAUGGUGAUAAAAUUAGAUACUUCUAUGAAAUGUAGUGUGUUAGAUUAUGGUUUCCUCACAACACAGUCAUUUCUAGAACCUACGGUAUUGAAUUUCAAUUAUUCGAAAGCUAAUAACACAAGUACUAGCUUAAUGUCCAAACCUAUAGUAUUGAAGUUUGGCCCAUCUAUCGCACAUACAUUGGCCAUCACAGAGCAGAUGUGGAAAGCUAAUUUCACAAAUGCUCAGGCGAUGAAGCUAGAAAGUGCAAAUGCGAUUGAAUUAAUACCAAUGACUAGAUAUGUAAUAUGCAAUGAUACUAGUUUUACUUUAAGUUUUGGCCAAUCUGCUACUGAUGAAAGUGUCAUUCUUACACCACUGGCGUGUAACUAUUAUGCUUGGAGAUCUCAUAAAAAAAAACAAUUACUAAGGAUUUGUGUUCUUCAAUAUGAUCAAAUGUGGUCUGAGGCAUUUGCUAUUGAAAAAUGUGGAAAGCUUUAUAUAAGAUUUGAUCUAAACCCACAAGUUAUAAUAAUAGUAGACAUUACUAUGUUAUCAGGCACUCAGAAAAAAAUUACAUUUAGGGGACAAUUAGAUGUUUAUAAUAUGACAAAGGAAGUUUUUGAAAUGAAAGUUUUUCCAGCAGUUUUGAUAAAUCUAGAUGGGAGAUAUUCAAGCAAACAGCUUGCCAGGCCGAAGUAG